AUGAACAACAAAAUUAAUACCACAGGGAACAUCACCAACGCCAUGGUGAACAUCACUUUGACGGAGCCCCAAAGACACAAAGUCUACAUUGUCAAAUACAACUUCGAUUCCUCUCCUCCAGAAGGCGACUCGGUUAUCUUUGUUAAAACCAGUGAAGACGUCGGCCAUAUUCACUUCAUUGCCCCUAACAGUACUGGAACUCACCAGUACUACAACCGUGAGACAAUCAUGGCCCAUGAAAUCAAGGAAACAGGAGAAAACCUCAUGCUAAUAGGCACUACCCUUACCGAGAACUACCAGGGUAGUUGGGAUAAGGCGCUGCGGGGAGUCGAGGAGAAUCAGCAGUAUGCGAUAACUUCCUUGGCUUUGACUGUCUCUACCCAAGCUGGGAUGAGGCAGUUGAAGGUCUCUCACUGGACUCAGGAGUGCGCUAGGCCCGCGUUGGAGAAGGCUGGGCUUUUGGAGAAGAUAGUUGAACAUUGA